AUGGUCGCUCCAAGCCAACGCAACUGCCGCCGGCACCGGGAUCGGCGCUCUUCACGCUCCUACUCGCAUAGCCAGGUGACCCUCCCUCCGUGCCAGGUGAAGACGCACAGGCAGCUCCUGCUGGACACUCUGCGCUGCCUCCUGGCUGAGUCCAGCAGCCCCCAGGUCGUGGGCGAGAGCAUGUGGGCCCUGACCAAGACCCUGGGGCAGUUGAGCGAGAGUGACGUGGGCCGCCUGUCCCUGCCCAUGGCUGCGCAGGCCCGGGCUCACUUCCCACACGAAGACGGCACCGUGCGUGCGGCAGCAUUUGGCCUGUUCAGAGCCCUGGCCGGCUUGGCCCAGCAGAAGCACCGGCAGCUCUUCACAGGGGAAGUGAGGAGCAGCUGGGCCGCUCUGAUGCUCCAUGUGCGGGACCCUAGCCCCGAGGCAGCCACGGCCUGCUGCGCUGCAUUCCAGGCGUGCACCCCAUUCCUCGGCCUCACGGGGCUCGAGGGAGCCUUUGACAGUGGGCUCCUGACAGGCGCCUCCGGGGAGAGGCACAGACACUUGAUGGGACACGUCUGCAAACAGCUGGCCCACAAGGACCCUGCGCUGCUGGAGAGUCUCGUCACUGAGACCAGCCUGCACCUCCACAGCUGCUGGGAGGAGAUCAGGCUGGCAGCAGCCAAGCUGGCAGGGAUCCUUGCAGAGAACAUGGAGGCCCAGCAUGUCCAGCAGCUGGAUCUGGGAAAGCUGCUGUGCUCUCUCCGAGCACUGCAUGGUGACCCCAGCACUGCUGUUGAGAUUGCUGCCGCAGAAGCCAUCAGCACCAUCAGCCAGAAGCAGCGGGGGACCCUGCAGGAGCCAGGUCCCAGCCACACAGCCCCCAGAGGCCAAGGGAGGCUGCUGUUUGUGAGGAAGCUCUUCAGGCGGAAGGGGAAGGGAAGACCCCCGGCAGGGCCCCUCGACAGUGCAGAGUCAGAGAGCAUCUCCAGCAGCUGAUGUUGGAAGGAGAUGGGUGCUGCUGUCAGAGCAGAGGAUCGGGGCCUUUGGAGCCACGUUCCCC